UGCUUUCAAGGCCGGAAACGGUACUGAAAUCUUGGAAUAUGGUGGAGAGUGGAAGUCUUCCAACAACAAUGCGCCGGGUAGUUCGAACGUCGGCGAGGCAGUGAAGUACCGGAUCGAUCUCAACGUUAACUUGAGUAAGUCGGCUUACCCUGAAUUGCAUGAAAAUAAUCCUCAGAUAACUCACCAAUUCUUUGUUACAAAGAAGACUGGCGUUAACUUAACUGGAGGAGGACAUAUAUUCAAAGAUGCCAUGGUUACCCGAGAACCGAAACGAAACAUGUUCAGAGAGUUCUCGAGUUUAUCCCCCGGUUUCGGUUUCCAUGGUCAACUCGGACAGGACAAUUUUGUAGAUAUCAGACCUACUGUUUGUUUAAAGAAUGAGUCACCAGCUGAAACUGAAGCAAUGGAAUUGGAUGUUUCAAAGAAGAUCCAUCUUUCAAGUAUGUGUUCAUCAGAAGAGAAUAACAAGAGAGUUCAUGUGAACACUGAAUUACCUGAUAUGAAUGAGGAGCUUCCUGAAUUUUCGACCAUGGCAAACUCAAUCGAUGAUGGAGGGACAAGUACCUUGAAAACCCAGAGUUUAGAUGUGGAGCAUCUCAUCUGCCUCGCUAAGCAGCCCUUGGUUUCCGCAUCUUGUCAAGAUGUUCUUGGACGGGAGCCGAUCCGCAGAUGUGUUAAAAGUCUCAAGUCGAGCAUUUCAGAACCCACGGUAGACGGAAACCAGACAAGACAGGAGCCAGCACUCAAUCAAACCGCAAUGCUAUUAAAGAAUGGCGACUCUUCCGAUGAUUCAACGAGGAAGAACCGAGAAUCGUCUCUUUCAAAAUAUUGGAUUCAUAGAUGGUGUCGUCGGAGAAACGAAUCUUCAAACACGAAGCCUGAAGCUUUAGUGCUAUGUGAGCCACAGACUUCAACAGCAACAUUCGACGAACUCGAAAAGAAGCAAUUUCCGAGCAUUGCAGCCAUGGCUCUAAUGGGGAAGGUCAUGAACGGUUUCCAUCAUUGCGAAUUUCGAAUAAAGGGAUCUUCGAUAGUCUGGGGAAGGCCAUGAUCAUUAUUGUGACAU